CUGCCGACUAUCUGUCGCGCGGCCGGCCAGCUGAGAACAUCCACGCGCUCGGGAGGUGAGCGAGGAUAUUUUGGAAGAGGACAGGACGCAGAGACAUCUCCUUCACGGCUCGACAAACAUGCACACACUCGGGGUCCCAUUUCUGCUGCUUUGGCUUAUCUGGGGCCACUCCUGCGCGCUCGGUGGAAAAGUCAACAAGCACAAGCCAUGGAUAGAAGCCUCUUAUCAUGGAGUGAUCACAGAGAACAUGGACACAGUGCUGCUGGACCCUCCGCUGGUAGCUCUAGACAAGGAUGCCCCGGUGCCGUAUGCUGGGGAGAUUUGUGCCUUUAAGAUCAACGGCGAUGAUGCUCCAUUUGAGGCCGUGGUGUUGAAUCGCACAUCAGGAGAAGGAGUGCUGAGAGCCAGUAGCCCUGUGGACUGUGAGAGCCAGAAAGAGUACACCUUUAUUAUCCAGGCCUAUGACUGUGGGGCCGGCCCAAGUGGUGCAAACUGGAAGAAAUCCCACAAAGCUGUAGUUCACAUCCAGGUGGAUGAUGUCAAUGAGUUCUCCCCAAUCUUUCGGGAGUCUCUGUACAAGGCAUCAAUAACAGAAGGAAAGAUCUAUGACAGCAUUUUGCAGGUGGAAGCCUGGGACCAGGACUGUUCACCACAGUACAGCCAGAUCUGCAACUAUGAAAUUGUGACUGCCGGGACGCCAUUUGCCAUAGACCGCAAUGGUAACAUCAGAAACACAGAGCGGCUGAGUUAUGACAAACAGCAGAGCUACAAGAUUAUGGUGACGGCCUUUGACUGCGGUCAGAAGAGGGCGAAGGAGGAUGUGGUGGUGCAUAUUGAAGUGAAGCCUGUCUGCAAACCUGGAUGGCAAGGUUGGAACAAACGGGUGGACUAUGAGCCUGGGACUGGGAGCAAGCAGCUGUUUCCCAAGAUGCACUUGGAAACGUGUGGAGGUCCCUUAUCUGGCGUGAAAGCAAUGGUAGAGCUGCAGACAAAUCACAUUGGAAAGGGCUGCGACCGCGAAACAUAUUCUGAAAAGUCUCUGCAAAAACUCUGUGGUGCAGCAUCAGGCAGCACUGACCUCCUUCCUGCCCCCAGCCCUUCCACAAACUGGACAGCUGCUCUGCUGACGGACAGCGGCAGAGACAGCGACCUUAUCUACAGAUUUGAUGGGCGUCAGGCUGCAAAUCUCCCAGAUCACGUGGUGCCACAAAACCUGACAGACCAGUUCACCAUAGCAACAUGGAUGAAGCACGGGCCCAGUCCAGGACUCAGAGCCGAGAAGGAAACCUUACUGUGCAGCUCUGACAAGACCGAGAUGAACCGCCACCAUUAUUCUCUGUAUGUUCACAACUGCCGCCUGGUGUUUCUGCUCAGAAGAGAUUUCACUCAGCUUGACACUUUCAGACCUGCUGAGUUCCACUGGAAACUGGAGCAGAUCUGUGACAAGGAAUGGCACUAUUAUGUAAUCAACGUGGAAUUUCCUGCAGUGACUCUUUUUGUGGAUGGCGUGACUUACGAACCCUACCUAGUGACGGAUGACUGGCCGAUCCACGCCUCGAAGAUCGAUACGCAGCUGACCGUGGGCGCCUGCUGGCAAGGUGGCGAGGUAGCAACCCCAAGGUUCACUCAGUAUUUCCGUGGUAGCCUGUCGGGUCUGACGAUCCGACCGGGUCGCAUCGAAACCCAGAAGGUUAUCUCCUGUUUGCAGGCUUGCAAAGAAGGUCUUGAUAUUAACUCCCUUGAAAGCCUCGCUAAGGACAUAAAGUUUCAUUUUAACCCGGCCCAGUCUGUGCUGGUGGUGGAAGGAGAAGAUGUGGACAGCAUCAACACGGCCAUGACCAAGGUCUCCUACAUCAAUUCUCGCCAGUUCCCCACACCUGGCCUCCGACGGCUGCGUAUCACCACUACAGUACAGUGUUUCGGAGAGGACACAUGUCUCUCCAUCCCAGACAUCAAGGCAGUAGUUAUGGUGCUGCCGCCCAGUGAACCGAGAAUCACCAUUGCUGGAUCUAAUCGACUCGUCAGGCCUGCCAGCGACCUCCGGGGCCCGCUGGGUGUGGCACCUUUCAAAGAGCUUCACAUCACAAGCACAGUAAUGAAGGGAGAUGGCUUCGGUGGACCCCGCAGGCCAGGGGUGAUGGAGGUAAUGCACAAUCUGGACUACUGUGAUGUUCUGGUAAUUGGAGAAGAACUGAAUCCAGACAGAGAGAGUCUAGAGAUUCAACACAGUGCUCUGCUGGGAAAACACCUUGAUGCCACCAACUCCACCUCUGGAAUAUCAAUUUAUGGUGUGGACUCCAUGGCUCACUAUGAGCAGGCACUGAGGCAAGUGCGCUACAGGAACUGGCGACCAGCCAAUCUGAGUGAGAGGAGGUUCAGACUCACCUGUUCGGAGCUCAACGGUCGCUACACCAGCAACGAGUUCAAUUUGGAGGUCAGUGUUCUUCACCACUCGGCACCUGUGGAGCACGCCAAUCACAUGGCUGUCCAACCCCAGUACAUGAGACCCAUCCAUCACCCACUCAUAAUGCACUCGCUCAACUCUCACAUGUCAGGAUCGGCACCUCCUGCAGCCACAGUCGUUAUCGUGGUUUGUAUCGCAGCACUGGUAGUGAUCGUGGUUAUUGGAGUCUACAGGAUCCACACCACACAUCAGGAAGGGUCGAGAGAGGAGGAAGAUGAGGUCAAAGAUGCUGAGGAAGAAUGGGACAACUCUGCGCUCACCAUCACUGUCAACCCCAUGGAGAACAUAGGAGGACCUCAGGGUCUGGGUGAUGAGGUAAGGCAAGAAGAACAUGAGGAGGAGGAAGAAGAGGAGGAGGAAGAGCUGGUGGGAGGAGUGACAAGUGCUGAGUCAGAGAACAGCGAUGAAGAGGAAGAUGAUGAUGAAGGGAGAGAAGCUGCUAAAGAGAGAAAGCAGAAGGGUAAACUCGGAUGGGACAGUUCCUCCAUAACAUACUGAUCACGAACAUGUAAACAUUAACACAUAUGUGCACAAACACACGCUCAUGCACAUUCUCAUCGGACACACACACACACACACACACACACACAUAAAAAAACACAGCACACACGUAUCAACCAGACAUUCCUUCAUGCUCUGUAAAGGUAUACACACACACACACACACACACACACUCUGAUGAAAUAAUUUACAAUCUGUUGCUGGAAAAUACUCUUCGAAUCUUCCCAUGUUGUCAUUUUUAAUGUAACAUCUCCCCCUGCUGGACACAGUCAAACAUGGCGUAUGACUGAAUGGAAAUCGUUGUCUGUGUGUGUGCAUCAUUAUUCACGUCACAACCAGUAAAGCAGAGAAAAAUAUGUCAAACAAGCACAGUCGAGUCAUUUAUUAUGUGGGCACAUUAUAAAUUCAGUCCCAAACUCUGAGCCACGAGCCAGAUCUUAAAUGAUGUGACACUGAUACGAAACACAAGCUUAAAAUUGACUUUCAUCCCUGUGUUCAGUAUGUGUAUCGUAUCCUCCGUUACUUUUAAAUCUUUUAUCCAUCAAACUGAUUGUUUUUAUCAAUUUAACUGCAAGGUCUAUCCAUCUACGCAUCAGCUAGUUCAUGUAUCUGUAACAUCUUUACGUAGAAUUCCCAUGUAGGUAGGUAUGACAUAGCUGUGCUCUCUCUCUCUCUCUCUCUCUCUGUGUUUCCUCUCUUCUCAACAACAACACGUUUGAUGUCCUUAAAGUCUGUGGUUCUGUGGCCUGGACACUAAAGAGAAACAUUCCACAUUUGUCCUGAUUUACUGCAUGUACAGAACAAAGUAGAAAUAUCAAUUUUUGAACUGAAUCUUUCAUCUUUGAGUUCUUUGGAUUAUCUUGAAGCUGAAACAGUCACUUUUCCAUUAGCUUAGAAGCUGAUUGUUUGCAUCUGUGUGUGUGUGUGUCAGAUCUAUCCGUGCAGUGGCCCAAAUGUUUACUGUUUAGGAGUAGCUAACUUUGGUUUUUACUCAGCACAUGCAGUGAUACAGAAAUGUUGCAGUUUGCCACUAUGAUCCAAUGUUUCCUUUGGUUUUAUCCAUAGUAAAGGGAGUCCUCUAUGCAAUUAUGGACCUACCAUAAAGGAUCGGUGCACAGAAACAGGGGUACUCCAGAUAUAAGAGACAGAUAUAGAAUUGAUGCAGAACAGGCUAUAAUAUCCUGACUUUAGUGCCUAGUAUUGAUCAUUUUCCAGAAACAAUAUACAUUCCACCUCCCAUCUAUCAGUCAGUAGCAUCUCAUCUUAGACCUGCCGGUUUCACAAACACCUAAAUUCUCACGAGUUUAUCUAGUUAGACUUGUCUCAGAGUCAGGCCGCUGUGAUGUCGUAUGUUGUGUACAGCGUCCUUGAGCAAAUAAAAUAGCUUUUGAGAUAUAUACUGUAGGAUCUCGCCUUUAGCAAAACCAACAAAGUAGGAUUUUCUUUCCUAUUUUGUUCAGUUGCAACAGGCGCGUCUGUGAAACGGGCUGCAGAAGUCCACAUCUGCAGCUUGUAACACAGGCUUUCAUGUCAAAGCAAAGGACACCCACAGAUAUCAGCGUGCUGUUUUUAUCCCUCGUGUAAAGGAAAGUAAAUUCAUUGUGCAAAGUUGUCGGAGUGCCCGUUUGAAGUCGCGCGUAGAUGUUGACAGAAACGGUGGUAAAUUUAGGAGAAAAGAAGCAGUGCUUAUACAGUAUAUCCACAUUCCUGCACAACUUCACCACAGCUACAAGAAGAAGUGGAUACUUCACUUACAGUCAUUCCUCUUUGUGCCGGCGUCAUUACUGAUUAACACUCACUCUGACAAAAUUAAAUUCCAGUUUGUUUAAAAGCUAAAAGAAACCGUGACAUUCCCAUCUCUGCUCACAGGAAAGCACCGGUCACAUGUUCGUGUGUGGACAGUAUCUAUGACGACCUCUCUCACUGAGCUCUCUGACUAUGUGUCCUGCUCACCUGUCCCUCCUUCUGUUGGCCUGUGGUUGUGAUGUCAUCAUUGUGAAAUAACUGCCUUGUUUCCUUUGUCCCUCCCUCUUUGUCAUAAUAUGCUUCUGAAGAUUAAAGAUUAAAAAAAGGUUCUUUUACAUAUAAUAACAAACCCUGUAAAAAUGUUCAAGACACUUAUUUUAUAUAUCAGUUUCUUUUUCUUUUUGUAAACUCUGUGGUUGGGAUUUCUCUCUCUUUAGUGGUCAUCCCACUGCUUCCUGUAUAUUGACCAAUAAAGACUUGUUUUAGACUCUA